AUGAAUUAACUCUUUUUAUUCAUUAGCAUUCUUGGAAUCGUAACAGCCAUUCCUAAGAAAUUUAUGUAGAUUGAUGAAUCAAAUUCAAAUGAAAACUUAAUUGAUGUUAACAAUUUGAUAUAUUAUUAGAACAAAAUUACUUAAAAAUAGAAUGAUAUUAUAUUAAUCGAUUAGAUCACUGAUUGGGAACUAGCAAAAUAAGCAUUUGUUAACCAACUUUAAGAGAUUUAUGAAUAUUGUUAAGUUAUCCUACUUAAUCAAGAAUUAGUUGGACUCAUUCUAGUUUUAAUUAUAAGCUACUCGUUUUAUUUAAUGAUUAAAUAAGAAGACAUUAAAUUAAAGUAAAAAAGCAAAAGUUUAUAAUAAUAACAAUAAAGAAAACUAAUUAGUAAUCCUUAAACUAUUUAAAUUCUUUCAGAUUCAUUAGAAUAAAAAAAUUAAGGAUUACCAUAAAUGUCAACAAUACAUGGUUCAAUUUGUUAUGCUGAAAGAGUGUUUAUAUUUUUAUAAUAUUAUUUUUAGAAAUAAAACCAUUGAAGAAUUGAUUGUUAAUGAAAAAGGUAUCCUAUAAAGAUCCAGUUCUCAUCCUCUAUUGAAUAAGUAAGAUCAAUCAGUUGAAGAACUUAAUUAUCUAUUAAGAGAUAUAAAUUGA